CCGCCGGCGCCCGGGCGUGAGGAGGCGGGGCCGCGGACUUGGGACUCCGGUCCGUUCGGCGCUUCCCUGCGCGGGUGCGGGCGGCCGCACGCAGGAGCCAUGUCCGCGCUGCCGCUGGCGGGGCUGCGGCCCGAGGUGCGCGACAGCGGCACCUCGCUGGGGCUGAUGUUGGCGGUCGUGCUGUGCAUGGGGCUGGCGCGCGCGAUCGCGCGGAAGCAGCUGCACAGGCCCGCCGUCCACGCGUUUAUCUUGGAGUUUCUAGCCACCUUCCAGCUCUGCUGCUGCACCCACGAGCUGAUGCUGCUGAGCGAGCAGGACUCGGCGCACCCCACCUGGACGCUGACGCUCAUCUACUUCUUCUCGUUGGUGCACGGUCUGACUCUGGUGGGCACCUCCAGCAACCCGUGCGGGCUGAUGGUGCAGAUGAUGCUGGGGGGGAUGGCCCCCGAGAUGGGGGCGUUGAGGUUCUUGGCUCAGCUGGUGAGCGCCCUGUGCAGCAGGUACUGCAUGCGCGCCCUGUGGAGCCUGGGUCUGACUCAGUAUCACUUCAGCGAGAGGAUCUUCGCUUGCCAGAAUCCUAUCCACUCCGACUUGCCCAAGGCGGUUAUUACAGAGGCCAUCUGCUCCUUUAUCUUCCACAGCGCUCUGCUGCACUUCCAGGAGGUUCGAGCCAAGCUCCGCAUCCACCUGCUGGCUGCACUCAUCACCUUUUUGGCCUACGCAGGAGGAGGUCUGACGGGAGCUCUGUUCAAUCCAACUUUGGCACUCUCACUUCACUUCAUGUGUUUUGAUGAAGCGUUCCCUCGGUUUUUUAUAGUAUACUGGCUGGCUCCUUCUUUAGGUAUACUGUUGAUGAUUUUGAUGUUCAGCUUUUUCCUUCCAUGGCUGCAUAACAACCAAAUAGUUAAUAAAAAGGAAUAACUAUUCCAAAAGCUCAGACUGAGUUACAAGACAGUCACGCUGGAUAUGAUAAAGAUUUUAUUACCUCAUACUCAAAAUACUAGCUGCACUGGAUUCAUCAAUGUUUUAAUUUCCACCGAGGAAGUUGUCUUAAAAGUUUUCAUCAUGGGACUUAGAAAAUUACUAUAAAAAAGAGGAAUUCUGUAUUUCUCAGUUAAAACUUG